CCUCUAUGAAGUGUUUACUGUUUACUAAAAGGACAUUACACUUCGACGACCGAGAUCGAAACAGAAGUGUGAAACUGUGUUCUGUAACUGCAGCAACUCAGAGAGCAAGCUCCCUUUUAAAAGCUUCGAACUUUUAGCUUUCUUGUCCGAAGUUUCCCUCAAAAUUUCUCUCAGUUUCUCUCAUUUUCCUUGUGAUCUUUUCUCGCCCAUCUUCCAAGAUGCCGAUCAACAAGGACCCAUCAACUCCUCCUCCCGUCAUCGGGAAAAUCGGCCCGUACACCGUCUUCAUGACGCCUCCGGCGACUCCUAAACCGCCGGAGUCUCCAGCCGCCGUGUCGGGGAAGCCGGUGGUGGCGCCGCCGGUUCAGCCUCCGCCGCAGCAGUUCGAGUCGGUGGCUUCGUAUGAACAGAACGGCUCCAUCUCGGGAUUCUUCAGAAAUGCCAUCACCAAGGUCCAAAAUGCGCACUCCAGAGUGGAUGAUCAUUUGGUCAGAUGGUUCGGCCUAGACCAAUCCAAGUAUCAAUGGGCUUUGGACGAGUACUACGAGACCAAAGGACCGGAAAUGAAGGGCGUAAAAGCGAAAGAGAUGCCGGGAAAAGCACAGGGCGUAUGAUGAUGAUGAUGAUGGUGAUGGUGAUGAUGAAUCAUAGUCCAUGUAGUAAUUAUAUAACCCCAAGUGAGUGACGCUCCAAGGAAAAAACAGAGCAAAGAAUCAUCACAAUGGGUGUCUAAGUGUUGUGUUUUGGUAAUGUGUUUGAUGCAAGAUGUACUCUACUGUUCCUUCUUCUGCUUCUAUUAUGUUAUGUUCUCCGAA